GCCCUCAGAUUCUCCCCGCAAGGUCGUUUUCACCCAACCAUGCAGGAUCUCUUGAACUUGUGGAUAUCCCGCUGCUACUUCCCGCGUGAUCCCUUUCCGCUUCUACAGUCUCGCCUGCAUUCCUAGCAUUCAUUUAUAUUUCUCCAAGCUCCAAGAACCAUCGCGAUGAGGCCGCUUGUGUACGCCAUCCUCCUUCUCGUCCUCCUCGGCACUCUCGAUGCCGCGCUCGCGCGUCCCAAGAGGGCUCGCCCGAAGCGCGCCAGCCCUGCGGUAUUUAUGGACGGGCACCGCUGGUAUCCGCAGCCCCAUACGUUCCGCCCCAAGCGCGCCAGCCUUGCGCACCCGCUGCUAGACCAGCGCGAGCCGUCUCCGCGCAGGUUUCGCCCCAAGCGCGCCAGUCCCAUGCGCCAAUUUUACGACACGGAAGGCGAAUUCGUGAUGUCCCGUCGCUACCGCCCCAAGCGGGCCAGCCCUAUGCACGCGAUUUACGGCCCAGAUUCCGCUUUCGUCCCUCCCACCAGAUUCCUGCCGAAGCGCGCCAGAAUCGCGCACGCUAGCGGUCCGCGGAUGCUGCGCGGAGGCGGGUUGGAGACGCGCCCUGUGGCUCGCUAUAGCACUUUGGAUUCGUACGAUUAUUAUCCGGAUUACUGGAGUGACUUGGGAUACGGUAGCAGCUACGACUAUGGUUACGACUUGAGUCCUUACUACGGCGAUUAUUCUUCGGCUGAUCAGUUGUUCAGUUAUUAUGAUGAUGACUGGGUGGAAAGUUUCAGCUACUAGAAGGAGAAUACUAAAACUACGGACCUUUUUAAUAUAUUCGACAAGUGUGGUUGUUGUAUGUUCGUUGCACGUCCUGUGAGAGUUGUAUGACCUGAAUGAUCAGUUGUUCGAUUCUGAUGGUGAUUGGACGAGUGGAGAGUUCUGAGACUUCAGCUCAGGGCACGGAGGAUACAAAGCCCACGGAUCUUAUUUGCC